GUGCUUCCGGCCCUGACGUCAUUUCCGUGUUCCGCGGUGUCAUGGUGCCGGCGCCGCGCCGGGCCUGGGUUCUCUUCGCUUCGCCAUGUCGGGACCGAACAAGUCGGUGGAGCUGCAGUUUCAGGUUCGGCACCAGGCUGAGGAGCUGCGCGACUUCAUGCGAGAGCUGGACGGCUGGGAGAAGGACAUCAAAAAGAAGGACGAGGACCUCCGGCGGCAGAGCGGCGUGGUACUGGCGGCGGACCCGUCUUUGCCACCUAUAAGAAAUCGAGAUUUCAAGAAAAAAACAAAUAAGAAGCCUGUCUCCCAGAACAAUAGGAAAAAUGGAGAAAAAAAAGCAACCAGAAUAAAGUCUUAUGAUUAUAAAUCUUGGGAAAAAUUUGAUGUGGACAAAGUACUGGAAGAGAUGGAUAAAACUGAUAGCACUCCAGAGCCUGAUACAGAAGAAGAAGUAGAUGCAGAGAAAGCUCUUGCUGAGAAAGAAAAGGGUAAUAAUUUCUUCAAAGAAGGAAAGUAUGAUGAAGCAAUGGAAUGCUACACGAGAGCCAUGACAAUGGAUCCAUAUAAUCCAGUUUUUCCUACAAAUCGUGCAGCAACUUUCUUAAAAAUGAAAAAGUAUGCUGUGGCAGAAUCAGAUUGCAAUUUGGCAAUUGCACUGGACAAGGCCUUCUUCAAAGCUUACCUUCGAAGAGGUUCUGCUCGUUUUAAACUGAAUAACUUGCAGGGUGCAAAAGAAGAUUUUGAAAUGGUGCUGAGCUUGGAUGCAGGAAACUUUGAAGCAACAAAUGAACUCAGAAAAGUAAAUGAGGCUUUAGAUCCAACAAAGUCUAUUAAAGAUCAGAAUUGGUCAAACAAUGAAAAGCUGAAUGCCGGUGAAGAAAAGAGAGUGACUGAAGCACAAGCAAAGCAGCAAGCCAUUUUUGAGAAAGACUUGGGCAACGAUUACUUUAAGCAAGGCAAGUAUUUAGAAGCAAUUGAAUGCUACACCAAAGGGAUGACAGCAGAUGGCACCAAUGUGCUUUUACCAGCUAACCGGGCCAUGGCUUUUCUGAAGCUUGAAAAGAAAGGUUCUGGCUUGGAUAAAGCAGUGGCUGAUUGGCAGAGGUUUGCAGAGGCAGAAGCUGACUGCAGCCAAGCAAUCUCAUUGGACAAUACUUAUUCCAAAGCCUUCGCACGUAGAGGAACUGCCCGUUUAUGCCUUGGGAAAUUAAAGGAAGCAAAAGAAGACUUUGAAAUGGUGCUAAGGCUGGAACCAGGAAACAAGCAGGCUUUAACUGAACUUGGAAAAAUAAACAAGGAAUUAGCUUUGCAAGGGGACACACUUACAAAAUCAUUGGGAGAAAAGGAUGAUGGUCCAAGGCUAGUGAAAGCAAUUGAUAAGCCACCUCAUCUUAGGUCUACAAAACCUCUGAUCAGAAUUGCAAUUGAAGAAGUUGGUGAUAAACCAAGUAACAUUAAUGAGAUACCAGCUGCAGUCUCUUCUUCUGAUCUUCCAUCAAAUCAAACAACUGCGUUAUUAUCUCCUGAAGCUCCCAAUGCCAAAAUCCUUAAAGUGGAAGAAUGUGGGGGCUCUCCAUUAAUUUCUAGCAGGAGUGGUUAUUCUGGUGUGCCAGAUAAGGGUGAAGCCGUUGCCAUAGCAAACUCAACAAAAGUGAAGAAACCCGAAUCCUCUUUGCCUCAUCAUAAUGUACCUAUCCCUCUUGCCCCUGCCAACGCCUUUCAGCUUGAAGCAGACCUCCGCAAAUUGAAAAAUUAUCCGGAGAUGGUCCAUAAGUAUUUAAAGCAAAUUGAGCCCUCUUUUUAUCCACAACUGUUUCAAAAGUCUUUGGAACCCGACAUUCUAAAUCACAUUUUAAGAAUCCUUCAUGAUUUAUACAUCAGAUUUGAAGAACCUUCCCUCAUUUUUGAUGUCCUGAAGAACUUAUCAAAUGUAAAGCGAUUUGAUAUGGCAGUGAUGUUCAUGUCAGAUCCUGAACGGAAAGAAACGCUGCGGAUUCAGAGCUCUGCCGCCGGGUCCUAAUGUCCACCGCACUGUGACAAGUUGAAUAAGGGACUUGAACAUCCAUGUUUUUUGGUAUCCGCGAGGGGUCUCAGAACCAAUUCCUCGCGGAUAAGGACGACCAACUGUAAUAGAGCUUUUUAAAUUUGCAACAAGAUGAUUAUGAACAUUCAUACAAAAUUAAAAGGAUAUCUUUUGAUAUUAAAUGCAAUAAAAAGGAUGGGUUGCUGGUGGUACAGAGUGUGCUAAAGAAUCCAGUAGAAUAAACUGUUAAACUUCCGAAAGCAGAAGCUUCAAAAUUAAUAUUUUAAAUUUCUUUGAAAAAGAAAAUUAACUACCCAGUGUAUGAGUAGUUCCAAGUAAAUAAAGGGAAAAUCUAUCCAGCUGCUUUCAACCAAGCAUUUUGCCCAGCAGCUUUGUGGGAAGCCAAGUGCAGUAGUUUACUAAAUUGUAUUGAACAAAAAUACUUGGAUUAGGAGGUAAUAACCAGUAUGAAAGCAUUUGCUUAGCUUUAUAGCAAAAUACAUUUUUCAUUGUCAUUCGAGGUGCUUAAGUGUUCCCCAAAAUUAUGAAAGCCAGAGGAGAAUAUUUUCUAAAGCUGUAUAAUGUUGACACGAGGAAAUAUGCGGAUGCUGGAAAUUCAAGCAACACACACAAAAUGAUGGUGGAAUGCAGCAGGCCAGGCAGCAUCUAUAGGAAGAAGUACAGUCGACGUUUUGCGCCGAGACCCUUCAUCAGGAUUAACUGAAAGAAAAGAUAGUAAGAGAUUUCAAAGUAACCAUAUACCAAUUACAGCUUGGAAACAGGCCAUCUCGUCCCUUCUAGUCAGUGCAGAAUGCUUACUCUCACCUAGUCCCACUGACCUGCACUCAGCCCAUAACCCUCCAUUCCUUUCCUGUCCAUAUACCUAUCCAAUUUUUUUUUAAUGACAAUAUUGAACCUGCCUCUACCACUUCUACUGGAAGCUAGUUCCACACAGCUACCACUCUGAGUAAAGAAAUUCCCCCUCGUGUUACCCCUUAACUCUCAACUCAUGUCCUCUUGUUUGAACCUCCCCUACUCUCAAUGGAAAAAGCCUAUCCACGUCAACUCUAUCCCCCUCAUAAUUUUAAAUACCUCUAUCAAGUCCCUCCUCAACUUUCUACGCUCCAAGGAAUAAAGACCUAACUUGUUCAACCUUUCCCUGUAACUUAGGUGCUGAGGUAACAUUCUAAUAAACCUUCUCUGUACUCUCUCUAUUUUGUUGACAUCUUUCCUAUAAUUUGGUGACCAGAACUGUACACAAUACUCCAAAUUCGGCCUUACCAAUGCCUUGUACAAUUUUAACAUCCAUCCCAACUCCUAUACUCAUUGCUGUGAUUUAUAAAGGCCAACAUUCCAAAAGCUUUCUUCACCACCCUAUCCACAUGAGAUUCCACCUUCAGGGAACUAUGCACCAUUAUUCCUAGAUCACUCUUCUACUGCAUUCCUCAAUGCCCUACCAUUUACUGUGUACUAUUUUGAUUAGUCCUAUCAAAAUGUAGCACCUCACACUUAUCAACAUUAAAGUAGGAGGGGGAGGGAGAAGCUAAGAGCUGGAAAGGUGAUUGGGAAAAGGGAUACAGAGCUGGAGAAGGGAAAGGAUCAUGGGACAGGAGGCCUAGGGAGAGAGAGGGGGAGGGGAGCACCAGAGGGAGAUGGAGGACAGGCAAGGUGUGAUUAUGAGGCGGGCAAAGAGAGAAAAAUACUAAGAGAAAAAAAGAAUAAUAAAUAAAUAAGGGAUGGGGUAAGGAGGGGCAUUAAUGGAAGUUAGAGAGAUCAAUGUCCAUGUCAUCAGGUUGGAGGCUACCCAGAUGGAAUAUAAGGUGUUGUUCCUCCAACCUGAUUGUGACUUCAUCUUGAUAGUAGAGGAGGCUAUGGAUAGACAUAUCAGAAUGGGAAUGGGACGUGGAAUUAAAAUGUGUGGUCACUGGGAGAUUCUGUUUUCUCUGGCGGACAGAGCGUAGGUGUUCAGUGAAACGUCCUCCCAGUCUGCGUCGGGUCUCACCAAUAUACAGUAUAGAAGGCCGCACCGGAUGCAGUAUACCACACCAACCAACUCACAGGUAAAGUGUCGCUUACUUCACCUGUGAGUCAGCUGGUGUGAUAUACUACGUCCCUAGACCUCCUGUCCCAUGAUCCUUUCCCUUCUCCAGCUGUGUAUCCCUUUUGCCAAUCACCUUUCCAGCUCUUAGCUUCACCCCUCCCCCUCCUGUCUUCUAUCAUUUCCGAUUCCCCCCACCCGCCCCACCACUUUCAAAUCUUUUCUUUCAGUUAGUCCUGACAAAGUGUCUCGGCCUGUAACGUUGAGUGUACUUCUUCCUAUAGAUGCUGCCUGGCCUGCUGCAUUCCACCAGUUGCUAGUAUAAUGCUGAAAUGGAUUUAAUAUUGGAUUGCUCAUGGCCUGGCCAUAGAACUAUAUUUACAGACAAAUUUUUCCCUUUCACCUAAAUAGUCAAUAAUAAUCAGAGAGACAUGCAUUUAUGAUGAGCAUCUGGAAUUUAUUAAUGUAAGUUCAUUGUGUAAAGAAUGUGACAGCCAAUUUGUGCACAUGAGCUCUUUCAAAUAUACUUUUGUGGUAAUACACAGAUUAUUUUGAAUUGGAAAUAUUGAUUUGCCAGAAGGCCAUUAGAGAAAUUUUUCUUUCAAAUUGUACCAGUUUAUAUCCUGUUGAGCUGUAGCCUGACAUCUCAAAAAGAAGAGUUUUCGAAUAGUGCUACGCUUAGUUCUGGAACAACAGUUUGAGUUAUCGAACAUCCGGCAGUCAAGUCUUGUCCUUUCAAUCUGCCAAGGGAGUUUUCAGCCUUCAUCCUGGUUACAGUGUACAUUCUAUUUUUGCCCAACAUCACGCUGGAGCACUGUGAUCAACAAUCAUGAGGCAGUGCACACUGAUGCAUUCCGGAUCAUUGCAAGGGACUUAAACCAGGUCAGCUUGAAGUCACUGAGCAACUAUCACCAGCUUGUCACCUGUGGAACCAGAGGAGUCAAAACACUGGACUACAUGCUAUACCACCAUCAAGAACGUUUCCCGUACCAUCCCAUGCCUGCACUUUGUACUUCUACUUCCAGCAUGUAGGCAGAGACUGAGGACUCUGCACCUCUCGUGAAGACUGAGAACAUAUGGUCAAAAGAGGCAGAGGAACAUGUACAAGAUUUCAUCAGGACUGGAAAAAACAAUGAGAACUUAGAGCAAGAAGGUGGGGGGGGGGGAGUUGUCACAGGUUUUCAGUGCUCUUACAGGUAUGUCAUUAGGACCUGACACCGUGUGAGGGUUCACCCACUUGAAAGAUGUUCUAAUGUUGGCUUCAGACAGGUGUGUUUGUAGGUGAGACCUGACAUAGAUUGGAAGACUGCUUCGCAGAGCAUCAGAAAAAGUGUGAUGGUGGGUGUGUGAUCUCAUGGUGGCCACCUACUUUAAUUCUACUUCCCAUUCCAACAUGUCAGUCCAUGGCCUCCUCUACUGCCACGAUGAGGCCACUCUCGGUGAAGAAGCAACACCUUAUACUCCGUCUGGGUAGCCUCCAACCUGAUGGCAUGAACACCAAUUUCUCAAGCAUGGUAGCUGCGCCUUGCUCUCCCUUCCCCCACCCCCACUUUACCAUUACCAUUCCUAUUCCCUCUCUCAUAUUCUCCUUCUGAUGCUCCUCCCCUUCCUUCGAUGUUUUUCUACCCUCUUCUAUCAGAUUCCACCUUCUCUAGCCCUUUAUCACUUUAACUAUCAGUUUCCCAGCUCUUCACUUCACCCCUCCCCCCAUUUCACCUAUUACCUACCACCUUGUACUACUUCCUUCCCUCAUACUACCUUCUUGUUCUAACCUCGUCUUUUCUUUCCAAACCUGGUGAAGGCACUCAGCAAGAUAAUUCCACAGUUUACCUUCCAUAAAUGCUGCCUGUCCUACGGAGUUCCUCCUGCAUUUUGUGUGUGUUGCUUGGAUUUCCAGCAUUUGCAGAUUUUCCCACCGUCAAAUAUGCCACAGUUGUCUCUAACUUCAAGACCUGUGUGUUUAAGUGUGUGCCUUUGAGAAUGUACGAGACAUACUCAAAUCAGAAGCUAUGGAAGAUUCACAGGCUAGACUUGUGUUCAUGAUCAGUGAUCCAGAGUUACAGGUAUGAUCUACAGAAGGCUUUCUUAGAGCAAAAAAGUAAUUCCAAAUUAAUUUAGAGACAAAAAUCUGAUGCACUUCAGCUAUGGCAGGGUUUGCAGGCUGUUAACAUUUUCAAGGUGAAACCUAUUAUUGUAAAUGGAUGCGAUGCUUGACUCUCCAAUGAGCUGAACACUGUGUCCUUUGAAAGAAAAUUUCAAAGCGUGCAAAAAAAGGCAUUCAGCUUAUCAGCCUCUGAGACAGAUGUCAUGGGGUUGCCAGAUGCUGCAGGGAGUGUGAAUCCCUGCAGCAUCUGGUGACCCUGUCACAUCUGUCUUGAGAUGACAUCAGAACAUCUUUCAGAGGGUGAAUCCUCAAUGACCUGGUGGGGGACUGAAAACCAGUGGCAACCAACAGGUGGGAGUGUUCGACCUCUUGCUGCUGUGGUCGGAGGUUUCCAGCUGUUUCAAAAAGGCAUCAAUCAUAUCAGUGACCAAGAAGACCAGGAUUAUUUGCUACAAUAAUUAUUGCCCAGUAGUACUUACAUCUCCUGUGAUGACGUGCUUGGAGAGGUUGUUCAUGGCUAAGUUAACUCCUGCCUGAGCAAGGACCUGGACACCAUGCACAAAAUCCUGGAGGAACUCAGCAGGCCAGGCAGCACCUAGGGAAAGAGUACAGUUGAUGUUUUGGGCCAAAACCCUUUGGCAGGACCUGAACAUGCUGCAGUUUGCCCACUGCCACAAAAGGUAUACAGCAGAUGUAAUCUCACUGGCUCUCCAUUGGACUACAUUGUUAACAGCAAUACCUAUGUUAAACUGCUGUUAAUAAAUUACAGGUCAGCAUUUAAUGCCAUCAUCCUCUCAGUACAGUCGGCCCUCCUUAUCCACGGGGGAUUGGUUCCGGGACACCCUGCAGAUACCAAUAUUCGCGGAUGUUCAAGUCCCUUAUUUAACCUGUCACAAUGCGGUGGAUCUUAGGACCCAGCAGAACACCGAACCUUAUUUAACAUGUCUAAGAGUGGAGGUCUUUAGGACCCGGCACAGCUCUGAAUCCGCAAUGUUUCUGUUCAUGAAAAUAAUCACGAUCGCCAUUGAAAAUAAAGUGGAAGUGAUAAAGCGAUCGGAAAGAGGUGAAAUGCCAUCGGUCAUUGGAAAAGUGUCAGGCCACAGUCGGUCAACGAUCGUUGUGUGUGGCUAGUCACAGCUCAAAUGGCAUCAAAAAAUUCAUCAAUUUUAAUGGAGCAUGUGGAAGGUCCUGCCCUGAUGAAAGCUACAAUUAUACUAAGUGACACAGUGGUUUGAUUAUUGAAAUACAUAUGUUUAUUAAGUGUUUUAUAUGCAUAUAAAGGUAAAAUAUAUACUAUAUACUAAGAUAAAUGUUUGACUAAGUGACGCAAAACAAUACCGGAUGUACCUGUCCCAACUUCAAAUCCAAUUUAAAGACAGACUCAGGAACGGAACUCCUUCAUAACCUGGGAACUGUCUGUACUUUUAAGUUAUCUCUAGAUUACUUAUUAUAUCUAAUACAAUGUAAAUGUAAAUAGUUGGUAUACUGUAUUGCUUAGGGAAUAAUUACAAGAAAAAAAUAGUUCAUACAUGCUCAAACAUUAAGUGCUGGAAGAGCACUUCCGGGUUUUCCUGAUCUGCGAUUGGUUGAAUCCGCGCAUAAGGAGGGCCGACUGUACUAAUAAACAAGUUCCAAAACCUGGGCUUCUAUCCUUCCCUCUGCAAUUGGAUCCUUGACUCCCUUAUCAGGAGACCAGGCUUUGCAGAUCGGCAAUAACAUCUCCUCCUUGCUGACAAUCAACACCAGUGUAUCUCAAGGAUGUAUCCUUAGCCCACUGCUUGACUCUUUCUACACCCAGGUGUGUGUGGCUAGUCACAGCUCAAAUGGCAUCUAAAAAUUCAUCAAAGGCACAAUGUUAGAUGGUGAUGAGGAGGCGUACAGGAGUGAGAUAGAUCAGCUGGUUGAGUGGUUUUGUAACAACCUUGCAGUCAAUGUCAGUAACACCAAGGAAUUGACUGAGGCCUUCAGGAAGAGGGUCAUAAGUAUGAGAUUCUGCAGUUGCUGGAAAUCCAGAGUAAUACAUUAGGUAAUGCUGGGGUAGCUCAGGUCAAGCAGUAUCUUUGGAAAAGAAUGCAAGGUCAAUGCUUUAAGCUGAGACCCUUCGUCAGGGCAAGAAAGAAAGGGGGAAGAAGUGGGGGUUCCCAACUUUUAUUAUGCCAUGGACUCUUACCAAUAACCAAGGGAUUGUGGACCCCAGGUUGGGCAGCCCUGAGAAGGUGGGAGGAAGGGAAGGAAUACAAGCUGGCAGGUGGUAUAGGUGAGAAGGAGGGUGGGUGGGGGAUGGAGAAUGAAGUGAGAAGUAGGGAGGUGAUAGGUGGAAAAGGGCUAAAGAAGAAAAAACUAAUAGGAGGAAAGUGAACUCUGGGAGAAAGGGAAGGAGGAGGGGCAGUGGGGGAGGUGAUGGACAGGUGAGGAAGAAGGGGUAAGAGGGAAACUAGAAUGGGAAUAGGGAGAAAUUACUGGAAGUUAAAGAAAUCGUAGAGCUGAAGAAAUGAAACAAUUUUUGAAGCGGUGGGGAAUGAAUGCUUUAACUGCCAGUAAUUUCUUCACCCCCCAAACCCCCACUUGAUGCCAAAAAGUUGAAGGAGAAUGAUCAAGUAUUGUAAGUACUUGGUGAAAGUGGAAGGGCUUACAAAAUAUCUAUGAACUGCAAAUAUGUCCAGUCCCCUCACCAAACCCUCAGCCUUGCUUAGCACAAUGCAAAGGAAAUUUAGUAGUUCACCCUGAUGGAUUUAACUUCCAAGGCAGUCUUACUUCACUUUGAGAGGCAUGUCCUCUGGAAAAAGAAUAGUGAGGGCUAAUAACUAGUACAUAGGGAUGUGGAUGGUGCUAAUGUGAUAACAGGGAAAUACAGACAAGGCCUAGAAGAGGAGACAUGGAAUGCGGCAGUGACAACAUCCGUCUUUCAGGAACGUCAUUAAUUAUGUUAUAGCGUGCACCUAUUAUUACAAUAGAAAAUUGGAUUUUUUUUUUAGUUAGACCUCUGUAUAAUCAUGUUAUUCUGUAAUCUGGAUGGAAUCUGUUACUUAAUUAAGUCUUCCUGUAGCCACCAUGCUGUUUAAAGAAAAAUGGACUUCUACUUCUAAUUUAAAUUGUAAUGUAACUGAGAAUGUAAAAGCUCUACCAAAUUCAUACUUGGGUAGAUUAGCUUUGACUGGACUCCUGGUGUUCUCCAGUUUUCUAAUAAAUCUGUUAUUUGGA